CUUCUCCGUGUCAAACAGCACUGUGCUUACUGUGAGUACUCCAGUGAUUGGUCGAGCCAGCCAAUGGUAAACAAUAUACCAGCGGGAAACCUACAGCUCUGUGCAGCUGUUCUGUUCACUGGCUCAUCGUUUUGUCAGAUAUCGAAGUUCUUGGAUGCCUUCAAAAUCCAGGGGAUCUCUGAGUCGUGCUUCAACAAACAUCAGGCCAAGCUCCUUAUCCCAACCAUAAACUGGCAGUGGAAGAUUGACCAGGAUGACGCUAUUGAAAAUGCCAUUGCUAAUGGGGCUGUGACUCUUGGUGGGGACAUGAGAGCUGAUUCACCUGGACAUUCAGCAAAAUAUGGCAGCUACACCAUGAUGGAUCUCAAAGCCAAUAGGGUCAUAGACAUCCAACUAGUCCAGAGCAAUGAAGUUGGAAACCACCAACAAAUGGAGAUGGAGGGAUUUGAAAGAAGCCUGUCUCUUCUUGAGGAAAGAGGUGUUGUGGUCCAGUCUUUGGUGACUGACCGUCACACAGGGGUACAGAAGUUUAUGAGGGAGCAAAAAAAGGACAUUAGUCACUUUUUCGACCUUUGGCAUAUGGGAAAAGGGCUUGGUAAAAAAAUGGAUGUCCUUAGUAAAGGUAAGGGGCUGCAGGACGUGGGGCUGUGGAGAAAGAGUGUGGUCAAUCACCUGUAUUGGUCUGCAACCACAUCAACAACUGGAGAGGAGAUAGUGGCCAAGUGGAGCUCUGUAGCAAACCACAUUCAGAACAUCCACAGCCACGAAAACACCCUGUUUCCUUCUUGUCUCCACGAGCCUUUGGUUGGUGAUCAGACAAGACACUGGCUCAAACCAAGCACAGCAGCAUGUGAAAAAUUCACAGCAAUUUUGUUGUCACCACGUCUUCUUAAAGACCUGCACAAAAUUAGUCCAGAAUACCAUACAUCUGGAAUCGAGUGUUUCCACAGCCUCAUUCUGAAGUUCUCACCCAAAAAUACGGUGUUCUCCUUCAAAGAAAUGUUGUGCAGGCUACAGCUUGCUGCGAUGCAUUACAAUGAAAAUGCAGGCAGAUCACAGGCAUCCACUGCAGAUGGUGAUCUGCGAUACUCAAUCGUUUUCCCCAAAUUUAAGCAUGGCGAAUUCAUGGUGAGAGCUCUGAAGAGUAAUCCAACCACAGGCUACAUUGACAAAUUAAUGGAGCUGCUGUUCCACCACGUGGUGGAAGAACCUCAACCAUACCUGGACUUCUCUGGACAAAUGGCUGUACCAGAAAAACUGUGUGCUCAGUUUAUUCGGCCCGACAAGGAGGAGGCAGUGAGCAGACAUGGGUCAAGGAUCUUUAAAAUCACGUGAGGUCUGUGAGAUCCAUCUCUAAUCGUGAACUGAGUAUCAGAUCGGUGCAUCCCUACUUUAUGGAAUCAGCCUGUUUAACACUGGCUCUUACUUUUCAACACUGUAGUUACCAAUAAGUUCAGAAAGCUUCCAUCAAACACAAGGUAAAGAACUGCUUAAAGCUUGGUAUGGAUGUUAUACCCACUCUGCCAGCUUGGACAUGUCUGUCAUCUACAAUAUUGAACAAAAUGGGUUUUUUUUUUUUUUUGGUCCGUGUGUUAGUGCUACUGAUUCAAAUUUAGAGGGCAGAAAUAGGUUGGUACAUAUUCAUUUUGAGUUUUGUAGCUGAUUUUUUGAUUAUUAUUAUUAUUAUUAUUAUUGUGUACUGUUACUCAAGUUAAAAAUGCUUCUUUAUAAUUCAUUUUAAUUUAAUUUUAAUAUAAUACAAAUAUAUUCAAAAAUGCAGUGGGGGAAGGAAACCUCUGUAUGGUCCUUCUUCAGGAAACUCUUCCCUGAUCCGUGUCACAGUGCAUGAAGUUAUGACCACCUGAAUGUGUUGGCCAAGUUACCCCAACACCACCUUACGACAUUGCGAUAUGCAAGGUGUCUAUAAACGCUGAAAGAGAGGUGAUGCACAUGUAUGUUGAAGUGGAGGGUCAAAAAAUGUUUUAUUUAUUUUUAAAUGCAUUUAAUUUUUUCCUAUUUAUUUAUAUAAACAGUGGCAGUAGUUUGGUGUGAGAGCAUCUGCAUGUACAGUGAGGCCAAGACUUUUGGACAAUGG